UUUCGUUCACUCUCUACUACUCUCUCUCCCACUCGUCUUUCCAUUCCCAGAAAGCUUUUCAGAGGAAGAGGUCUGCGACUUGCAGUUGUGAAUGCAUCAGCUCACAGUAGAUGUGGAAUACUCUCCGACACAGAUGGUUUCAUAAUUACGAGAGAGGAACUUGUGAAACUCCUUGAAAGGAUAUGGAGGUUAAACUGAUCACACAUGGUGUCUUCUUUAUCCUGCUGGCUGCUGCUGCGAGAGCUCAAGUCAACCCAGAAAUAUGUCGCUAUCCUCUUGGUAUGACGGGCGGGCAGAUUCAGGAUGAGGACAUCUCUGCCUCCAGUCAGUGGUCUGAGUCAACGGCUGCAAGAUUUGGCAGACUUGACUUUGACAACGGAGACGGUGACGGGGCCUGGUGUCCUGACAUCAUGUCAGAGCCGGCCGGCCUCAAAGAGUAUCUGCAGGUGGACCUGCGUUCGCUGCACUUCAUCACACUGGUGGGCACCCAAGGUCGCCACGCUGAUGGGAUGGGAAAUGAGUUUGCACAGCGAUACAUGAUCAAGUACAGCCGUGACGGCAAGAACUGGGUGGGAUGGCACGAUAGGAAGGGAAGGCAGGUAAUAGAGGGGAACAGGAAUGCAUAUGACGUGGUGCUGAAGGACCUGGAGCCUCCCAUCAUAGCUCGUUUUGUCCGCUUCAUGCCCGUGACGGAUCACUCCAUGAUCGUGUGCAUGAGAGUGGAGCUCUACGGCUGUGAAUGGCUGGAUGGCCUGAUGUCUUAUAGUAUUCCAGACGGCCACCAAAUGAUCUACAGAGGCCUGGAUGUCUACUUUAAUGAUUCUGUGUAUGAUGGAGCAUCAGCUGAAAGACUGACAAAGGGCCUUGGCCAGCUGACAGAUGGCACCUGGGGUCUGGAUGAUUUCCUCCACAGCCACAUCUACAGUAUGUGGCCUGGCUACGACUAUGUGGGCUGGAGCAACAAGAGCUUUACCAAAGGUUAUGUGGAGAUAAUCUUUGACUUCGACCGUGUCAGAAACUUUACUUCCAUGAAGGUUCACUGCAACAACUUGUUUAGCCGAGGGGUGAGGAUAUUCAAACAGGCCACCUGUUACUUCCGGUCAGGAUCAGAGUGGGAGACAGACCCGGUGACAUUUCGGCCCACCGCUGACCGUGUAAGCCAAAUUGCCCGUUUCGUCACUGUUCCCCUCGGAGACCACACGGCCACUGCCAUCAAAUGCCGCUUCCACUUUGGUGACCUUUGGAUGCUGUUUAGUGAAGUGGCCUUUCAGUCAGGUUCGGCAGUGUACAAUACAUCACUGACUCCUCGCAAACAUGGACAUCCCACAAACACACUCCCAGGGGAUGAUCCCACUCAUAAAGUGGAUGACAGCAACACCAGGAUCCUGAUUGGCUGCUUGGUGGCAAUCAUAGCCAUCCUUCUGACGAUCAUAGUCAUCAUCCUGUGGCGGCAGGUGUGGCAAAAGAUGCUUGAGAAGGCCUCUCGGCGCAUGCUGGAUGAUGAACUCACAGCUCGUCUUGCUGUCCAAACCCAGGCCUUCUCCUUCCACCACUCGUCCCUGUCCACUGACGACAGCUCAACCUCCAACUCCACCUAUGAGAGAAUCUUCCCCCUGUGCGCCGACUACCAGGAGCCUUCACGUCUCAUCCGAAAGCUGCCCGAGUUUGCUCAGACCACAGAGAACUCUGGAGCAGGCACCUUAACAGGUGGUUCAGACAGUGCCCCCCACUAUGCAGAGGCAGACAUCAUUAGCCUGCAGGAGUCCUCAGACAGCACCAGUCAUUCCAUCACAGCUGUCAACAUGAAUCUCUUUGCUGGCACAGAUUCAUCCAUGAAAGAGUUUCCCAGACACAAGCUCACCUUCAAGGAGAAACUGGGAGAGGGCCAGUUUGGAGAAGUGCACUUGUGUGAGGCAGAGGGCAUGCAGGACUUUUUGGGUGAGGAUUUGUCUAUAGAAGGAAACAAUGAGUCACCUCUGCUUGUUGCCGUCAAAACCUUGCGAGAAGAUGCCAAUAAGAACGCAAGGAAUGACUUUCUCAAGGAGAUCCGUAUCAUGUCCCGUCUGAGAGACCCCAACAUUGUCCGUCUGCUGGCGGUGUGUGUGGACACAGACCCUCUGUGCAUGAUCACUGAGUACAUGGAGAACGGAGACCUGAACCAGUUCCUUUGCAGCCUCAGGCUGAAGCAGAACACUGACCAAGCCGAGACGGAACAAGAGGAGAAAGACGGGGAGAGUAUGGACAGCUACAGUAAACUUAUUAGGAUGGCUGUGCAGAUUGCAUCUGGCAUGAAGUACUUGUCCUCUCUCAACUUUGUCCACCGUGACCUGGCCACUCGCAAUUGCCUGGUGGGUAAGAACUACACAAUAAAGAUUGCUGAUUUCGGCAUGAGUCGAAACCUGUACAGAGGAGACUACUACAGGAUUCAAGGCCGGGCUGUGCUGCCCAUUCGCUGGAUGUCCUGGGAGAGCAUCCUACUGGGUAAGUUCACCAUGGCCAGUGAUGUGUGGGCAUUUGGUGUGACUCUGUGGGAGAUUCUGACUCUGUGUAAGGAGCAGCCUUACUCCCAGCUCUCCGAUGAGCAGGUGAUUGAAAACACAGGGGAGUUCUUCAGGGACCAGGGCAAACAGGUGUACCUGCCAAAGCCGCCAUGUUGUCCUGAAAGAGUCUACACUGAUCUGAUGCUGAGCUGCUGGAGGAGGAACGCCAAGGAGAGGCCAAGCUUUCAGGACAUCCACAUUCAGCUGAUGGAGAGUCUGGCAUAGCAGAUGGGACGUAUAAAUUCUCCCUGCUGUACACUGUCAUCCACUUUCUUCAGGAUGUAUUCAGUAUUAGGACUUGACUAACAACUUGUCAAAGGUUUUUGUUAAUACUUGCUUGCUAAAAUGUUGCGGUAAAUGGAGAGGGUGUACACUUGAAUGAGCCUUUUAUUGUAGAUACCAUGCAAACUAGCACACUUCAAUCAGUGUAUUUACACUUCUGUAUAUUUAUUAAUUACUUUUUUUAUAUUUAUUUAUAGAGUACUUAAAAGUAAUCCCUAGGUUUUGAAACACAGAUGUGAUUUAUUUAAUUUUUUUCAUAUAUACAAUAUAUGUGGCCGUGGAUAAAAGUGCCUACUAAAUGAGUAAAUGUAAAUAAACAUUUGCUUCUAUUGCACAUUUAGAAAAGAAUGUCCCCCAUGUGAGCAUUUCUGUUUUUGCUUUAUUUUUUUUCACAAACGAACACAAACCUUUAACGACUGUUUUCUGGAUGAGAAUGGUUUUAUCUAUCAUGACAUGGUUGCAGAAAUAAAUUAACCGUAUAGUGUAAAAAGAACACUAUAAAAGAGAAUAUGAGUUACACCAAAGAGCUUUGUAAAUAAAAGAAAACGUGAACAUUAAUUACAGUGUGUCGAGCUUUGUUCGUCACAUACUGGAUAUAAGCAUGGAACAUGCAGUACUUUCAUUAUCUGUUUUUUUU